AUGGGAGACAAGGAGUCACUUUGGAAGAUCUCUUUCCUGAUGGUGAUCCUAUCUGGAUGUGGCAUCCAGUGUGGUGAGCUGCAUGAUUUGCCAACCGACACCAGCGGGAAACAUGACUGGUGUAAAUAUGUGGCCGGGAGCUGCAAAGAACUCAAAGACAAGCAUGAAGUUUCUGAAGAUGGCUUGUACUUCCUUAAAACGAAGAGCGGGGUGGUCUACCAGACCUACUGUGAUAUGAGCACUGCUGGAGGUGGCUGGAUGCUGGUGGCCAGUGUGCACGAGAACAACAUGUAUGGGAAAUGCGCUGUAGGUGACCGCUGGUCUAGUCAGCAGGGCAAUGACAUCAACGUACCUAAUGGAGAUGGAAACUGGGCUAACACAGUCACAUUUGGAACUGCAGAAGCUGCUACUAGUGAUGCCUACAAGUUCUGUAUCGGUGGAGGAGGUCAUUUCCCAGAAGGUGCACCCAGACAGUGUGGAGAUUUCCCUGCUUUUGACUGGAAUGGAUACGGGACAAAUUCAGGUGCAAGUGCGUCCCGAGAGAUCACUGAAGCUGCUGUGCUUCUUUUCUAUCGCUGA